UCCAAACCCGUGUCAACAGCAAAGAUGGAAAGCAAAAAAUCCACACCUCCGGUGCUACACAGUGCCGUUUUUUCUGCGCACCCGGUAAUUCUGCAAACAUGUCGUGAGGAGGAGGAUCAGCCAGGCAAUUAGAUCAACUCCUCGAAGCUGGCACUUGUCAUCCAAGCAAAGGAGAUGGAGCGCGCGCAGAGUCACCUGUUCUCAGUGAGAACAACACUUCUGUGUCUUCUUCUCUACGAGACAAUCUUUAUAGCAUGGACAUUUGAGAAGACCCACUCGCACGCCGAGGACGAGCUCUUCAAGAAGCUCUUCAUCGGCUACAACAAGUGGUCCAGACCCGUGCCAAACACCACAGACGUCGUCAUUGUGAAGUUUGGUCUCUCCAUCGCCCAGCUCAUCGACGUGGACGAGAAGAACCAAAUGAUGACAACCAACGUGUGGCUGAAACAGGAGUGGAAUGACUACAAGCUACGGUGGAAACCAUCUGACUAUGACAACGUGACAUCCAUCAGAGUGCCUUCAGAGCUCAUAUGGGUCCCUGACAUUGUCCUCUACAAUAACGCAGACGGGGAGUUUGCAGUGACCCACAUGACCAAGGCUCACCUGUUCUACACGGGCCAGGUGCGCUGGGUGCCACCAGCCAUCUACAAGAGCUCCUGCAGUAUCGACGUCACCUUCUUCCCCUUCGACCAGCAGAACUGCAAGAUGAAGUUCGGCUCCUGGACCUACGACAAGGCCAAGAUCGACCUGGAGCGCAUCGAGAACACGGUGGACCUGAAGGACUACUGGGAGAGCGGCGAGUGGGCCAUCAUCAAUGCGGUGGGCACCUACAACACCAAGAAGUACGACUGCUGCCACGAGAUCUACGUGGACAUCACCUACUACUUCAUCAUCCGGCGCCUGCCGCUCUUCUACACCAUCAACCUCAUCAUCCCCUGCCUGCUCAUCUCCUGCCUCACCGUGCUCGUCUUCUACCUGCCCUCAGACUGCGGGGAGAAGAUCACGCUUUGCAUCUCGGUGCUGCUGUCCCUCACCGUCUUCCUGCUGCUCAUCACCGAGAUCAUCCCGUCCACGUCGCUGGUCAUCCCGCUCAUCGGCGAGUACCUGCUCUUCACCAUGAUCUUCGUCACGCUGUCCAUCGUCAUCACGGUGUUCGUGCUCAACGUGCACCACCGCUCGCCGGGCACGCACAAGAUGCCGCGCUGGGUGCACACCGUCUUCCUGGACCUCAUCCCGCGCUGGCUCUUCAUGCAGCGGCCCGCGCCGGACGGACGCCGGAGACGGCAGCUCCUGCUGCUUCAGCAACGCCAACGCGAGCGACGAAGGGCUGUGAUGAAAGGGGAAUCAGAGACCACCACCACCAGCACCAGCACCAGUGCAGCGGCCUUCCUGCUCUCGCCCAGCGUGCAGAGAGCACUGGAGGGCGUGCACUACAUCGCAGACCACCUGCGGGCGGAGGACGCCGAUUUCAGUGUGAAGGAGGACUGGAAGUAUGUUGCCAUGGUAAUCGACAGGAUCUUCCUGUGGAUGUUUAUAAUUGUGUGCCUGCUGGGCACCAUUGGGCUCUUCUUGCCCCCCUGGCUGGCGGGCAUGAUCUAGAUGCAGAUGACAUGCUGCAUGCCAACUAGCAGAGCUCAGCUCAGCACCACACUUUAGGAAAGCCUCCUCAACACGGCUGAACUGGGACAGGGACAAACAAAAGGCCCAGCAGUUUUUGUGUGCAGCCUUCUA